AUGACGACGACGGUGGGCACGUACACCCCACUGGACCGGGCUGAAGCGAGCGCAUCGCUGGAAGCGGCGCUGUCCAAGAUCAGACACCACAUCAACUCCAAGCUUGAAAAUCAAAAGCAGCCCGCGCUGUUGCUGUCGGCAGUAGAAGCGACGCUGAAGGAACAGCAGCAGCUCAACAAUGGCGCCUCUACUAGUCGAGCUGACGGCGGCAACGAAGCGACGCAAGGCUUGAAUCCCACCGAGUAUGUGCUAGCUCUGGAGAGCAUGCUUGACAAGGCAAGCAGUCCAGACGUGAGUGCGAGUGCGAGUGCGAGUGCGAGUGCGAGUGCGAGCGUGCGCAUGUAUGCGUCUCAAUCAAUCGGCAUCCCCACCCCCUCCCCCUGACGCUGCUCCUUCCACUCGCAGGCGGCACCCUCUCUCUACACUUCCGUGCUGUAUUUGCUCGCCAUCGUCGCUCCCGUCACGGCACCAGCGGUGCUGCGCGCCCGCGCGUCUGCCCUUCUCGCUGCCAUCCUUCCUCUCCUCUCCAAUCCUCACUCUCACACUUCCACCGCAUCGGUCAAUGCAGAGAAUCAGGCAGCGCAACUGAGAUCAGCGCUGACCGUCCUUCAAGCAGUCCUCCUGUCUCACAGCGGCCCCUCAGACCGCGCUGUUCUGGACAGCGACGAUGCCGGCUUGCGAAAAGGUUGGGCAGCUACACUGCACCUCUGCUCCGACGCUCGCCCAAAGGUUCGCAAGCGCGCACAAGACGUCGUCUCUGCUGUGCUGGACCAGGCAGACGCUCACAAUUCUGCGUCUGCGAAAGCGCAUCCAUACGCAGCACGGACGGCAGAUUGGGCCAUCAAAGCUUUGCAAGGCGUGGCAGAUGCGGGAAGCGCAAAGGGCAAGGCCAAGAGUGUGAGCAGCGCAGCCACCGCUCCAGAGUACGAUCGACGCAAAGGUCAGGCCAAGGGUGCGAGCGCGGCAGCAGCGGUCAGGCAACAGACGGCCUCGGAUGGAGGCGCGAGCGCAGGCAUAUGGGUCUGCGGUUUCCUCAAGCAACUCGCGCCGACGCUGCCCGGCAAGCAUAUUGCACCCCUCUGCAACGUUCUGCUUCGGCUGCCCAGCCUUGCCAACCCUUUUCUCACCAGCGCAGCAUUCUCCGUCUUUGAAGCCCUGUUCAAGCCUUCCAAGCCGCAGGUGCAUCCUGCAUCGCUCUCGCUCUCGCUCCCCUCGGCCCCUUCUAGCGCACGCGCCAGCCGGAUGGACAAGCAAGGUGACUCCCUCGUCCGCACGCUCGACGCUCUGUGCUCAUCCUCCAUCAAACCGAGCGCAAACGAUGCGCAAUUGCUUCCGCCAUAUCUGCGCGCCUUGGAAAACGCUCUGGUUGCCUACUCUCGCGUCGACGGAGGCAUGGCAGCAUGGGCGCGCGUACCCACAAUCUGGUCGGAGAUUGUCGAGGUCAGUCUAUCCGCACGGAGCAAAGCCUCGCGCGAACAGCCUGCCGUUCGAUCAGCAGGAAGGGAUGCGCUGUGCGCCAUUGCCCGCUACUGCGUGCCCGACGCGGCCAUCGAGCAGACGCUGCAAGCUUCCGGCGCCCAAGCCGUCGAGACGCCUCUUGGUAGCAUGUUGGCGCUCCUCGCCGAUGCGCUCGGCAAGCAAGCUCUGCGGUACAAUCACGCGCGAGCAGAAGUGCUCAAUGUUCUCAUCGCCUUGGUUAUGCGCUUGAGGUAUAGGUCACCAAGCAAGACGUCAUCACGCUCACCACCCGCCGCAGCCCAGCUCAUGCUUCCCAUCGUCAGCGUCGUCGCCGAUCUCCGUGCUCAGCCAGAGUUCGAGCAUCGAGAGGCAGCCGAUGGAGUCAUUGCAGCGGCAGUCGAAGUAUGCGGUCCUCGUCUUGUUCUCGACAAGCUACCUCUGGGUCUGAAUGGUGAAAAGGGCGCCACAACUGGGAGGGCCUGGCUGCUGCCGUUGAUGCGCAAUCGCAUCACCAAUACGGAGCUCAGCCACUUUACGCAGUCGAUGGUGCCUCUCUCGGAGGUCCUCUUCAACAAGAGGGCUGCAGCAGAGGAGCCCGCCGGGCCGGAUGGCAAGCCAAAGCGACCCGUCGAGGCGAAAGUCUACGAAGCCUUGACGGAGCAAGUCUGGGCACUUUUUCCUGCGUACUGCGACAUGCCCACGGAUCUGAUCGAUGCGGUCGAUGAAAAGUUUGUAGCCCUGCUCAGCAACGUCCUCUACUCGCAGCCGACGCUCCGACCAUCCGUCUGUCGCGGCUUGCAGCUCCUUGUCGAGCGCAAUGAGGCCCUGUCCUCCUCUGGCGCCCCUAGCGACACGUUGGUCACCUCGUUUGGGGUGGAUCAAGUCAUCGGCAAGGCCAACAUUGCCCACCUCGCAAAGCUCGCUCCGCAACUCUUGGCCGUGUUCUUCAACAUCUUUAGCCAGAGCCCUUCUUCCCGACGAGGGUUCAUCGCGGAAGCUCUAGCCGCUUACCUGCGCGUCAUGAAGCCUCAGGACAUACGAGACACUUUUGAGCGCAUCGUUGCCAUGCUUCGAGAAGCUCUGCCGAAUUUGCAGCACUCGCCGGACAAGGAAGCCGGCCCAAACGCCGUGCCACCAGUACCCCAUACGAUGCUCGACUUGCUCAUCGCCCUGAUCCCCUUCUUGGAUGCUAGCAGCGAAGCCCACAAGCUGUUCGACUUGGCCCUCGGCGACGAGCUCCUCCUCGCCCGAGAUUCCGGCUUGCAAAAAAAGACGUACCGCAUCCUCGCCAGACUCAUCGAAGGUCCACGCGGACUGACCGUUCUGCGCCUCGACGGUGGUGCUGGACGCGUGCGCGAGCUGCUGCUCAAGCUCAACGACACGAGCUCCAGCGUCGUGUCGGGUGCCAAGCGAGAUCGCGUGGCUGUGCUGUCCGCCCUCGUCCCGCGCAUCCCAUCGCAAGAGCUGCACUUUUUGCCAUCCAUCAUUCCCGAAGCUGUCCUCUCCACCAAGGAAGCCAAUCAAGGAACGCGAACGCUAGCGUACGAGCUGCUUGUCGGCAUGGGCCACAAGAUGCAAGGGGGAGGCACCAUCCGUCGCGAUCUGGUAGAGACAGCGCUGGAAGACGGCGAUGCUGAAAUGGACAGUGCUGAAGUCGCAAACGCUAGCAUUGAAGAGUACGUCACCAUGGUCGCUGCUGGUCUCGCAGGCAGCACGCCACACAUGAUCAGCGCCACCAUCACUGCGCUCGCGCGACUAUUGUACGAAUUUCACGAAGCGAUGCCUGGCACCGUCCUGACCGACUUGCUCCAGACCUUGGAAGUGUUUGUCCGCUCGGCGAAUCGCGAAAUCGUCAAGUCGGCAUUGGGCUUUGUCAAGGUGGUCAUUGUCGUCCUUCCACAUGCGAUCAUGGACGGCCAACUGCCCACCUACGUCGCCAGCCUCUUUUCCCUCAGUCCGCAAAACAGGCAGCACUUCAAAGCCAAGGUGCGGCACAUUUUUGAACGCCUGAUUCGACGCUUUGGCUACGAGCGGGUGGAGCAAUUGACCGACGAUGAGAACAAGAAGCUGCUCGUCAACAUCAAGAAGAGAAAGGAGCGAGCUCGACGUCGUAAGAAUGCGCAGGAUGACGAGGCGAAUGAUGACGAUGACGACGACGAUCAGGGACCGGCGUUCAUGGGAGCGCGCGCAUUGCGUCGGCAUGGCGUCGACGCAUUCCAAGAGGCCAUCUACGGUUCGGAGUCUGACCUCAGCGAUAGUGGCGACGAUGAUGCAGACGAACCACGCAGACCAGCGGGUGGACGGCGCGCUCGGACAAAAGAAGAGCAGACGUAUAUUCGCGAAGACGACGACGAGGUCAUGGAUCUGCUCGACAGGUCCGUCGCUGCUGGUGGUGGCAUCUCAACCUCUCGAGGCGGACGACCCAUCGCUGGCGGAGCUGCUUCCACCGCACGCAGGCCGGGUCAAGAUGCUAGCCGCUUCGAGCUGGACGAAGCGACGGGUCGCAUGCUCAUCGACGAUCCAGAGGGUGGCAAAGCGAUUGCGAAUGUGGCGAAUGUCGACGUCGAUGCGGAUGGCGCAGGCAGAGCGUACGUGGAUCGAGAACGAGGUACUGGCGGUGUGCAGAUGAGGGGUGGCGUGGCGCGCAUGAACAAGAACAACAAGCGCAACAGGGCCGAAGAUGCCGAGAUGGAGCUGGAACAGAUGGCUGCAGAGAUUGGACUGGGUGAUGAGGAUGGCGGAUCGAAACGCAAAAGGAAGGAAAAGAAGCACAAGGAGAGUAUAGGAAAGGAAUUCAGAGCUAAAAAAGCCGAGGGUGAUGUCAAGCGCAACGACGGUCCUAGCCCGUACGCAUAUGGUGAGUCUUGGCGACGUACGCGUGCUUCCGUUCCCUGCGCUGACGGCGAUUGACACAUCCUUGCAGUCCCGCUGUCGGCAAUGGGAGGCAAGCACAAACAAGCCGAUAUCCUCUCCAUCACUGGCAAGGGCCGCAAGACGCACAAGGGCAGAUCCUGA